AUGGAAAGAGUAAUUGAAGUAAUCAUCCGAUCACAAAUCAGUAUUGACAGCAUGAAGUUUGCCUUUAUGCCAGGUAGAAGUACCACGGAUGCAAUCUUUGUUCUACGACAGUUGCACGAAAAGCAUAUUACAAAGCAUAAAGAUCUGUUUUUUGCUUUUGUUGACCUCGAAAAAGCAUUUGGUCCUGUUCCCAGAAAGGUUGUCUGUUGGGGUGCACCAAAGGUUCGUUACGAAGUUCACUUCUUUCUUCUUUUCAUUAUUGUCUUAGAGGCGUCGUCUCAAGAGUACCACCUUGGCUGUCCAUGGGAACUUCUGUAUGCUGAUGACCUUGUCAUCUCUGCAAAUUCUAUCGUAGAGAUUACAGAACGAUUAAAACUCCGGAAAGAUAAUCUAGAAGAGAAAGGACUACGUGUCAAUAUGAAAAAGACAAAAAUUAUGCACAGUCAGUGUGAGGCAUCAAAGUCAACUGACUCAAGUAAAUGGCCAUGUGGUGUUUGCUCUUGCUCUAAAGGAGUUGGGAGUAAUUCAAUCUUAUGCUCACAAUGCAAUCAAUGGAUCCAUAAAAGAUGCACUAACCUAAAAGGCAGAUUAAGAGCGGAUCCGGAUUUCCUCAGUGGUGCACUUGUUACUUCAAUUGAUAACCAAGCCACAUCGAUUAAAGUUGGAGAUAACGAUAUUGAGGUUGUGCAGAGUUUUUGCUACUUAGGUGACACGAUCAGUAAGCGUGGUGAUUGCUUCGAUGCUACUACGGCCAGAAUAAGGUUGAGAUGGUUUGGGCACUUACAUCGCAUGCCAAAUGAGCUCUGGCCAAAGAUGGUUCUGUCUUUUGAAGUUGCUGGAAGUGUGCCACGUGGAAGACCAAGGAAGCAAUGGAAAGAAAACAUAAAUAAAGACCUUGCUUCAAAAAAUUUGAAAAUAGACGAUGUCUUUGAUCGCAAAAAGUGGGAAAGGUGCAUAAAUCCAGGAAGUUUGGAUCCUGGAAAGCAAUGUGCAACCCUCGUUGAAAGGGAUUAA